AGACAAGCAGCAGGUGGACAUUUGUCGUCCCAGGCCAGCUCCUGAUUUGAACUCUCCCAUUGUCGCCGCUACCAAACCAUGACCAACGCGUCCGAUAUCAGCACCACCGUCACCGCCGCCUAGGGUUUUAAAUUGUUCCUUCGCUUCCCUCCUACCUACAAAGAGCUAAGAGAAUAGAAAACUUUGUAUUAUUAUAUUAGAUGCCUUCCAGAUCCAUACGCUAAAAAAUUAUUCACUCAAAAGAGAGAAUUUGGAUCUCUCUCUCUCUCUCUAAUUGGCGCUUCUAAGUCUAUAAUUCGAGAGAGUUUACUUUAAUAUGGGGCAAGAGAACUUCACUCCCCAGAAGAGAGCUAGCGGCGGCGGCGGAGCUGGUGGCCUACCCACCACAACAGCCAACGGCAGAGGAGGUCGUGCAACCAUGCCUCGCGGCCGGCAGAUUCAUAAGACCUUCAAUAACAUCAAGAUCACUAUCCUCUGUGGCUUCGUCACCAUCCUCGUCCUCCGUGGUACCAUCGGCAUUGGCAAUCUCACCAGCUCUGAAGAAGAAGUUAUCAACCAGAACCUCGUUGAGGAGACUAACCGGAUUCUGGCUGAGAUCCGCUCCGAUGGCGACCCUACCGAUCCGGAUGAGCCGGCUGAGGCCGAUAUGAACCUCAAUGUCACUUACACUUUAGGCCCCAAACUCUCUAAGUGGGACGAGGAACGCAAGGUAUGGCUCAGCCAAAACCCAGAGUUCCCUAAUUAUGUGAAUGGAAAGCCUCGAAUUUUGCUUUUGACCGGAUCGCCUCCUAACCCCUGUGAUAACCCGAUUGGGGAUCAUUACCUAUUAAAGGCGAUCAAGAAUAAGAUCGACUAUUGUAGGAUCCAUGGGAUUGAGAUUGUUUAUAACAUGGCUCAUUUGGAUAAGGAAUUAGCUGGCUACUGGGCGAAAUUGCCCAUGAUUAGGAGAUUAAUGCUGUCGCAUCCUGAAGUGGAGUGGAUUUGGUGGAUGGAUAGUGAUGCAAUGUUUACUGAUAUGGUUUUUGAGAUCCCCCUAUCCAAGUACAAUAAUCAUAAUUUGGUGAUUCAUGGGUAUCCUGAUUUAUUGUUUGAGCAAAAAUCAUGGAUUGCUUUGAACACGGGGAGUUUCUUGUUUAGGAAUUGCAAGUGGAGCUUGGAUUUGCUUGAUGCCUGGGCUCCAAUGGGUCCUAAGGGGCCAAUAAGGGAGGAGGCUGGCAAGAUUUUAACUGCAAAUUUGAAGGGGAGGCCAGCAUUUGAGGCUGAUGAUCAGUCAGCUUUGAUUUACUUGCUUCUUGCACAGAAGGAUCAGUGGAUGGAUAAGGUGUAUAUUGAGAAUCAAUAUUAUCUGCAUGGGUAUUGGGCAGGGUUGGUAGAUCGAUAUGAAGAGAUGAUUGAGAAGUACCAUCCAGGAUUGGGUGAUGAGAGGUGGCCUUUCGUGACUCAUUUUGUUGGUUGCAAGCCUUGUGGGAGCUAUGGCGAUUAUCCUGUUGAACAGUGCUUAAGAAGCAUGGAAAGGGCUUUCAAUUUUGCUGAUAACCAGGUGCUUAAGUUAUAUGGUUUUGGGCAUAGGGGACUGCUGAGCCCCAAGAUCAAGAGGAUCAGGAAUGAGACAGUGACUCCAUUGGAGUAUGUAGACCAGUUUGAUAUUCGGCAUUCAGUGCAUGGAAACAGCAGAUGAGGGUGCUAGUGAGUGCAUAUAAUUCACUGUGUCAUAAUUUGUAGGUAAUUUAAUUCCUCAGUCAAAGACAAAUUCAAAUUUGAUAACAGUCUACAUACUAAGUUUUCCUUGCUAUGUCGUCUUGGUUAUGUGUCUGAGAUAAAAAGGGUAGAAUUCUUUUAUUGGCAUCAACUUUAUCUUCCUCCUUGUGAGUAAUCAAUGAAGGAAAUUUAUAAACAAACUGCAGUAUGUUUGUCCUUCAUUUAUCUUCUUGUUUGGUAAUGACCUGUUGUAUUUUCAUUUGCUCUCAUUCUUCUGGAAUGUAAAUGAUGAGACUUUUGUGUACGAUUACAGAAAAUUGCAGUCAGGAAGAAAUUUGAAAUCCUCAAUUUAUCAUUCAAA